GAAAAGGAGGACGCUCACCAGUGCACCGUCGCACAGUAGCCAUGUCUGACUUCAAGAAGUCGUCAGAAGCGCUUGCAGCGUUGAAACAGACGUGCGAGCGAUUGGUUUCUGUCGAAGGGAGCUGCUCACGGGAUGAUCUGGCUGAGUUCGAGGCAUGUGUGGACAGCUCAGCCAAGUUGGAGGUGCAGAUGCAGAAGUUCCGCAAAAAAAUCGCGGAGAAAGACCCCGACAAGAAGGUGCAUCAUACACACGACAAAAUGCAAUCAGUGGACAGUGCGUUUCUCUCUGUCAGACGUAUGGUCCCGCAAUGCAGCAGAAGAUAGAGGCGCUGCUGGAGGAGUUUGAUGGAUUUCUGGAGGUUUUCGCCGAGCAGAUCCAGCCAAGAUUUGAGCACCAGCUCAAGCGGCUUCGACAGCAGGAGGCGUCAGAGGCCGCCAAAGCGGCUGAGGCGUCCAAGGAGCAGGAGCAAGCAGCCAUUCGGCAGCAGCUUGCGGACACAGAAAAGGAGGAGCAGGAGCGGCUGGCCAAGAAGCAGCAGCGAGAUCUGGAGGCCAAGCAGAGAGAAGACGACAACCUCUCGCGUGAGAGGAGGCUGCAAGAGGAGGAGCUGGAGAGAGAGGCGGCGCGCCAGAAGCUGCUGCUCGACAUGGCCGACACACAGCGGGCUUUGGAGAGCCAGCCGUACCAUCUCAUCGUCCUUGAAGGGCUGACAAAGAUGGGCAGCGGCCUGCCCCUUUCGGCCAUGCGGCAGACAGUGGAUGCUCUGUGCGAGCUGAUCGGCGGCAUCAGCCAGACCCCUGAUGUGCUCGCCAUGAGGGUGCUCAGAUUGCAGGUGAGCGCGCCGGAGGGAAAGCGCAUGCACGAAUGGACUCCGAUUGUAUAUUUGUGCAUCUCCGCUUGUUGGUUGUCAGAACCAGCAGUUCCAGAGCUCCAUUGGCAGCCGCCCCGGCUCUCUGCAGAUCCUACAAGCAGUGGGCUUCAGGUACUACGAAUGGGAUGCCUGGGCAAGAAGGCAUUCGUGAAGGCAUUGAUGGGUGGGCGGAUGGCUGACUAUGGUUGUGAUUCAGGCUCAAGACGGCGGACGAGAUCAGACCAUUGCUGGGCCAGCUGAAGCAGGAGGGCACCGUUGACCCGAUGGAGCUCUACCUCGUUAUGCAAGAGCCCAACAUCGUCGAGCAAUACGACACAUGGCAGAAGUGGUAGUACCAUACGAAUGAUCCUCACGGAGCCAGGCGAUGGUUGGCGUGUGGUUGUAUGUAUAUGUGUGUGUAGGAUGGAUGGUCUUUCGCGAGUGCGAGACUACCUUCUGGCGUUGAAGCAGCAGCUGACGCGGAUGGCCCUGCCCUCAUCUGGCCAGGAGGGCGCCAGUGGCAGUGCCGCGAUCAGCCGCGAUGAGCUGCAGGACCUGUGGGACAGAUGCGCAGAUAGAAAUAAGUGAAGGCGCUUGUGUGCGGGUUUGUCAUAGCUCUGUCGGCUGACUGCGUGGGCGUUGGUGCGUGCAUCUAUGUUGGCUGCAUCGAACGGACAGCUCUUUAUGUGAAUAUGUCACUGCAGGUGGGACAGAUGCACAGUCAUUUCCACGUGUAAAUGGGUAGGGAGGUACACAACAAAC